UGUUUCCACAAAUCACAAAAGCCCUCACAAGAAUCGGGAGCAAAAACAGAGCGAGGAGAACAACAUUUUGUGGGGGUUUAAGGGUGUGGGGUUUCUGUGCAGACACGACUGUACUGUAUUGCUCUCUUUCUUUCUUUCUCUGCACCCUGCAAUGGUUUCGCUAUCAACAUGGUUCCGGUACAUUGGCUACAAGCUUGAAUACUCCGUCUCUCUCAGCUGGAAGAACUACAAACGAGGUCAAAUUGGAGAAGGAGAGGUACGUGAUCUUGUUUGGAAGAACUUCUUUCAAGGAAAGUUGACCUACUUGCACUGGAAUCAAGGAGAGGAGAUGGCCCCUACUAUUGCUGGAAAAGUAGCCACUCUUCUUGUUCGGAAAUUACCAAAUGCAGAUCCAACGCGUGUUUUUGUAGGAGAUGUUGUGGUCUUGAAGGACCCUUGGAAACCAGAUAACUACUUAGUUAGAAGAUUAGCUGCAGUUGAGGGUUAUGAAAUGGCUUCUACUGACGAAAAGGACGAACCAUUUGUUCUUGAGAAGGAUCAGUGCUGGGUAGUUGCUGAAAAUGAAAAGUUCAAACCCAAGGAAGCAAAUGAUAGUCGAACGUUUGGUCCGGUUCAGAUGACAGACAUUGUGGGCAGAGUCAUUUACUGCCUGCGUAACGCAGUAGACCAUGGUCGAGUACAGAACAGUCAUUACAGCAUGCCAAAGGAUUCACCAGUGUUGGAAGUGGAACUUGAUGUUGAUGAGAUGGCAAAGAAUCACAAAGCCUAAAACCUCUCUCCCCAGGAAGAACUAACUUGUUUGUUUUGCGUAUGCCUUGUUUCUUCAUGUGGAUUUUCCUUCAAGCACGGAUGAAGAAUAAAAUAUAUGAUUUUUUAAGUUGUUGCAAUGGGAUGGCUGUGUUAUGUGGAUUUCAUUAGCAUUAGACAAUUGGUUCUUCUUUCCGAUCCGAAAAUUUGAAGCAACCUAUUCUAAAGCUGAGUUCAACAUGGUUGUAAGCUGAAGUUCUAGCCAAGGACUAUUCUGCCUCUUGGUCUAUUUGUGUAAGUCGUUUCGCUCUAAACACAGGUGACCAUUUUUGGUCUCUGUUUAAUGGGGGAUCAUAUAGAAGGCUACAUUGUCAGAAAUUAUGGUUCCAGUUAUUUUCGUUUUGUUCUUUGAUCAAUGAUCCAAGAAAAAGACGUGAUGCCGUGCCACUGGGCUCACGUUCCCAAGUGUUCGCCAUCUCUUGGGAGUUUCUCAUGGUGAUAAAUUAUCCUUGACAUUUCUUUCCAUUAGUCAUACUAGAGUGAGUUUUAUUGAGAAGAACGUUUAAGUCAAACUUCGUGGAAUGAAAUAAAAAUGUACCUUGUUUUUACUCAAA